UUGAAGGAUUGAAGCAAGAUCGUUGCGUAAAAGCCAUUGUCAGAAGACUCUUUACGAAAUGAGCAAAUGACCAAAACGUCCUCAACCUUCACCAGUAAUCCUCCUCGCUCAUCCAGCUCCAGCUUCCCCGAACGCCCUCAAUCUGCACAUCAUAGUUUUCCCUCGGUUUCUAGCUGCUCAAACUGUAAGAUUGCUGUUUACUUUUGAGCAUUUUGUGGUUGUUCCAGAUUCUGUGCUUCAUGGGUCCUCCAGUGCUGAAGAUUUUGUCUUGAUUUGAUACUUUUCUGGUUAAGUUGGCACUAAAGUGUUUUGGUUCACUUUUGUAGUUUCGUCUGUGUAGCCACUUUGAGUUAAUGGGGAUGUAUUUUGAUGUGGGUUUGCUUCAUUUUCGUGGUUGAUUUUGUGGGGUGUUCAAAAGAUAGUGAUGAUCAGUGAGUUCGAUUGGGCCACAUUUGGCCAUUUCCGGCCUUUCUGCACAAAGGUUCUCUGUUUUCGUGAGAGAAUGGCAAAGGGUCAUUGUAAAAUAUUGGUAUUUCUAUCCUUCGAUGGACUUGUGGGAAUGAUUUCAUUGAUAUCCUUCCUUUCAGCCAUGGCAUUUGGAUAUAUGUAUUUAUUUCCCACUUUUAGCCCAGUGAAUCGUAGUUAUGAAAUUCCUAAGUCCAAUGUAUCGAAUGGUACAUGCGAUGUUUUUUAUGGAAGGUGGAUCCAUGAUGAAAGUUAUCCUUUAUAUGAUUCCUCAAGAUGCCCAUUUGCAGAACGUGGAUUCAAUUGCUUGGCUAACGGGCGGAAAGAUAGUGAUUAUACAAAAUGGAGGUGGAAGCCGCAGAAUUGUGAUAUUCCAAGGUUCAGUGCUGGUGCGAUUCUGGAGAAGCUUCGUGGGAAAAGAGUCGUUUUUGUAGGUGAUUCAUUGGGUAGAACACAGUGGGAGUCUUUGAUAUGUUUGCUUAUGACAGGGGUGGAGGAUAAGAAGAGUGUAUAUGAAGUCAAUGGGCAUGAGAUCACUAAACAGAUUAUGUUUUUAGGUGUACGUUUUAGUUCUUUCAAUCUUAGUAUUGACUUCUAUCGAUCAGUUUUCCUGGUACAGCCUGGUCUAGUUCCAAGGCGUGCACCGAAGAGGGUGAAGUCAACAUUGAGACUCGAUAAGUUGGAUGAUAUUAGCAAAGAGUGGAUUAAUUCUGAUGUUCUGAUAUUUAAUUCAGGACACUGGUGGACAAGGACUAAGCUCUUUGAAAUGGGCUGCUAUUUUCAGGUUGGCAAUUCGCUGAAGCUUGGAAUGCCAGUCUCUACAGCCUUCAGGAGAGCAUUAGAGACUUGGGCAUCUUGGGUUGAGACUAUGAUCGACAGAAAUAGAACAAGUGUAUUCUUUCGGACUUUUGAAUCAUCCCAUUGGAGUGGCCGUAACCGGAAUUCUUGCAAAGUGAGUAAACGCCCAUCAUCAAGAUCUCAUGGGAGGGACCGAAGCCUAAUUUCAGACAUCAUAAUCAAGGUUGUGAAGAAAAUGACAGAUCCCGUAACAGUUCUGCAUGUUACACCAAUGGGGGCAUUCCGGAGCGACGCUCAUUUGGGUACUUGGAGUGACCAUCCGUCUGUGCCUGAUUGUAGCCACUGGUGUCUACCUGGUGUACCUGAUACAUGGAAUGAAAUUAUUUUCUCAUAUCUGCUGUCCAACAGUGGGGUUUCCUUCACUUAACAAUAGAAGUUCCAAGAUUGUUUUCUUCUCUUGCCUCCAGUAUAUUGGUCCAAACUUCUUCGUUCACUCUAUUUCUCAGUUAUGGUAGUUGAGUUGAUGAAAAAGCUGUGCUGGCUCUCUUGUUCUUUACCCAUCUGUCUGUUUAUUUUUUCAAUGCCGGUCGCCGAAGAGCUCAAGCGAGUUUGGGAUGGUGGUUGCUAAAGAUCUGUGCUUUAAUCCCGCUCAUAUCAGGGAAUGAGAGUUUAAGGGGAAGGAUUACCGAUUGAACCAAAAAACAAAGGGGAAAGAAAAAGCAAAGUUUGAGAUGAUUCAUGAAACUGCAUGUUGCAUGUCAGCAACUAUGGCUGUUAGAAAUUAAAUUUGUAUGAGAACUCGUACUUGUGAAGUCCUGAAGCAUUAUUCUUCCAUGUAUUUGUAGAGGUAUCUAGCCGGUUGGUUUGAUACAGUGAGAUGAACCAAAGGAAAAAAUAAAAAUUAUUUUGUUCUAGUUGCUUGUCAA